UUGGAGGAGCAAUGCGAAGAAAUUUACCGCACCACAACAACUCGAGAACCAUCAGGCAAAUAUAUGGUAACAUUGCCUUUUCUACCAAAUGCACCGACCUUAGGCAACACUCAUGCUAUUACGUUACGUAGAUUUCUCAAUCUCGAAAAGAAGCUUCAAGCAAAUCCGCCCCUCCGCUCUCAAUAUGUUGACUUUAUGAAUGAGUAUCUCAACUUGGGACACAUGUCACCUUGUCACCCAAGUACCUUUGCAGGUAGGCCGCACUGCUAUAUUCCGCAUCAUGGCAUAUUUAAGACGGGAUCAAAUAAGCUACGCACUGUAUUUGAUGGUAGCAGUAAAAGCUCAAAUGGCGUAAGUUUAAAUGAUUGCUUGCACACAGGUCCAGCUCUCCAACAGGAUAUUGUCGAUAUUAUUAUGUCAUUUAGAACACACCCUGUAGUCUUCAGUACUGACAUCAGAAAGAUGUUCAGAAACAUACUCAUUCAUCCAGACCAAAGACAGUAUCAACUUAUUCUCUGGCGGUCGUCACCUGACCAGCCUCUACUCACAUAUGCGCUAAAUACAGUCACGUAUGGUUUACGGUCCAGCCCGUACCAUGCCAUCCGCACACUGCUACAAUUAGCUGAUGACGAAGGUAAUCGUUACCCACAAGCUACUCGGAUCCUACGCAAUUCUAUCUUCGUUGACGAUAUACUCUGUGGCCAUGACUCUGUGGAGUCUGCUCAGGUACUACAAAUCGAGUUAAUUAAUUUGCUUGGCAUGGGUGGCUUUCAGCUCAGUAAAUGGACUUCAAACUGUCCCCAGCUCCUGGAACGGUUUCCAGACGACCAAUGUGACAUGCCUAAGGACUUUGACAUCAGCCCAGAAUCGAACACCAUUAAAGUGCUUGGGAUACAAUGGAUUCCUCAAUCGGAUGAGUUCACUUAUCGCAUCUCUCUCCCUCCAAUAACCCAAAUCACAAAGCGCUCUAUUCUCAGCACAGUAGCAUCACUCUAUGACCCCAACGGUUGGGUCACACCGGUCAUUUUCCGCGCAAAGCUCCUUUUACAGAAGUUAUGGAUUCUGAAACUGGGAUGGGACGAACCCCCUGGCAAUGAAGUUUACACAGAGUGGCAGCACAUUUCACAAGAUCUUCCUCAACUCUCGAAUCUCCGCUUACCUCGUCACAUUUGCAAAUAUAAGCCGACAUCCACUUACUCACUCCACGGAUUCGCGGACGCAUCAGAAGCUGGAUUUGCGUCUGUCAUUUAUCUUCAUGAGCUCAAUGCCAAUGGACAGGUCAAUGUACACCUGGUCAUUGCCAAGUCAAAGGUCGCGCCUAUUAAGAAUCGCCUCUCAAUUCCUAAACUGGAACUAUCAGCUGCAGCUCUUUUAUCACAACUCAUGACUCGUAUGUCCACUAAAUUAUCAGCUCAUAUUGCGAUUGACCAGCAUAUCUGUUGGUCGGAUAGCACAAUAGUUAUAGCUUGGCUUAACACGCCCCCUCAUCGGCUCCAGACAUUCGAGGUCAAUCGAGUGUCAAAAAUAACGUCUAGUCCGACUAGCACUAUAUGGAGACAUGUUCCCACGAAUCUCAACCCUGCAGACUGUGCAAGCAGGGGCAUGUCAGCACAAUCUCUAUCAGCUCAUGAUCUCUGGUGA